AUGUGUGUACCGGAAGAAUAUAUUGAAGACUGCCUGGAUUUCCUUGGAAAAGUUAGAAUAGUCGGCCCUCAAAUAGAUUGUAUUGCAGCACGAGAUCGUAUAGAAUGCCUUGAACUAUUAAAGAAAAAUAAAGUAGAUGUAGUUAUAAUAGAACCUGAAGAUAUGCAAUAUGCUGCUAGUAUAGAUAAUGGCAAGUUUAGAAUUGUUGGAGAACUACGAACAUCUAACAACAAAACUAUUACAUGUAUUGCAGACAAGUUCGAAGAUGAGGAUUGGAUUCUAAUUAAAAAGUCUUCAACAAUUAAAAAUUUAAAAGAUUUAAAGGGCUUAAAAUCAUGUCAUCCAAAUUUUGAAUCAUAUUAUGGAUACAGGAUUCCAGUUACAAUUUUGAAAAAGCACGGUUUACUACAAGUUUCAAAGGAUCCAACAAUUCCGGCGAUACAAAGAGAACUUCAAGCUUUAUCAGAAUUUUUCCAACAAUCAUGUAUUGUAGGUCCUUAUUCAGAAGAUGAAAGUAAAGAUCAAGAAUGGAAGAAAAAAUAUCCCAAUUUAUGUCAACUCUGUGAGAAUCCCAUUGAAUGUGAUGAAAAUGAUAAAUAUGCCAACUAUAAAGGCCCUAUCGAAUGCUUAAUUAACGGUGAAGGUGAUGUUGCCUUUACAAAAAAAAGUGAAAUUCAUAAAUAUUUCGGUAUUACAAAUGAAGAAGGCAACACAUAUGUAGACAUAAACGAUUACGAAAUAUUGUGUGAAGAUGGAAGCCGUCAAUCGAUUAAUGGGACAGGUUGUGCUUUAGCAAAAAGACCAAACAAAGCUUAUUAUGGAAAUACUUACGUAGCUAACCAUCUUUUGAUUGAUGGGGAAACGAAUUUUUAUUGGUUUAUCGAAAAUCUAACACUGGAAAAAGCUUUAGCCGGUUUUGAACCUUAUUUUGAAAAACAUGAAAGUCAUACUGAUAAGUUAAAAUUGUGUGUCACUACAAAUACUGAGCUUGAAAAAUGUGAUAUUUUAACAAAAAUUGCAUUUAUAUAUCGUGUGCGUCCCGAACUUGAAUGUUAUUUUUCAGAAAGUGGUAAUUGUGCUGCUGAUGUAGCCAGUGAUAAAGCACAUAUUGCUAUUGUACCAGGAUACAAUUGGACAAUAGUUGAAAAAGAAUUCAGUAAUUUAAAACGGGUUGCAUAUGAAAAUUGGGAUUAUAAUGGCGCAUAUAUUGCUUUAUUUAGUGUUCUUUCAGACAAAAUUAAGCCCUUUGAAGAAUAUGAAAUAAAAUUUGAUAAAACUGAUAAAAGAGCUCACAAAGCUGCAUGUUUACUACAUUUGAUUCUUAAAGAUGCAAAGGAUUGUGAUUCAUUAUAUAGUGACGUCAUUGAAUCAGAUUCAGAGAAUUAUAUUCAAGUUGUGAAGAUAGAAGAUAGACAUAAUUUUGGUGAUGACAAAGCUAUAUUAUGUUUAGAUAAAACUUUCACCCAUAUCGGCAAUCAUUAUGCUUGUAAUUUGGAUAUUCACUAUCAAAAUGCAAUCUUUGUGAAUGGAAAUAAAAGCGAAACCGAAAUAGAAAGUUAUAAAAAUGUAAUGACCACCAUUGGAACAAUGUUUGGAUAUAAUGGCCUUUAUUCAAAAGCUUUUAACUUAUUUGCGCAAUUUAAAGGAACUGAUGAUGUUUUAUUCAAUGAUUAUACUUUGAAUUUAGAUGGAGCUGAAAAUUUUGAUGAUUUCGAAGAGAAAUAUCAUGAUGCGAUUAUUAAAGUUCUUAAGUAUAAUUGGAAAAAGGACAAGGAUCGCAAUAAAAAAAUAAUUAAAUUAAAAAUUUCUUUAUUUUCUAGAAGAACAACCCCCGUAUUAAAUCCACAAAUUUUUGAGUUACUCGAAGUUCCAGUUUUUAAGUAUCAAGACUAA